CGUCGAACGUCAUGACGUCGCGUAAUCGUUGCCGUGGCUACACACGGAAGUUAUCUUGUACACCUGUUACACCAUCAAACAGGAAAGGGAACGAAUCGAUACAAAUUUACUGGAACAAAGUAGCUUCGAAUCAGUUUUUAACCUGAGGCAUCUUUUUUUGAACUGUUUGUUUAAAAGCCGUCAAUCUCAACCUUAAUGGACAAAUUAAAGAAAGUUUUGAGUGGCCAAGAUGACACUGACGACCUCAACGUACUGCAGGCAGCGAAUGAAGCAUCAACACUGGGAUGGGGCACGCGCGUCAAGGGGUUCAUCGCGUGCUUUGUGGCGGGCGUCUUGUGUUCAGUUUUGGGGACAUGCUUGCUCUGGGUUCCGAAAAGUGGACUGACACUCUUUGCAGUGUUUUACAGUUUAGGUAAUAUUGCUUCUAUUUUAAGCACUAUGUUCUUAAUGGGUCCAUUAAAGCAACUCAAGAGGAUGUGUGACAAGACUAGAGCUCUGGCAACUGGCAUUAUGAUUACAUGCCUGGUGCUAACCUUCUGUGCUGCUUUUUGGUGGAAGAACAAAGGCCUUGCUCUCCUGUUCUGUGUCCUCCAGUUUUUGGCUUUUGCAUGGUAUAGCUUAUCCUUCAUUCCAUUUGCAAGGGAUGCAAUUAUUAAGUUGUUCUCCGCGUGCUUCAAGUGAGAUGCCUCUACAUUUGGCCUUGGCUGUUUCUCUGUGUGCUGCUCUGGCUCCAGCGUUGGUUCUGCGUUCAAUGCCACUCAUGUACCCACUCUGCAACCUGGCACAGACACCGCACCACACUACAGCCGCUCCCAUUGCUCUCCCUCACGGAUGGACACUCUCCAUCUCUGUGAACAAGCACACACAGACAAGUACUCUUUCUCUCACACACACACCUGUGCUUCACAUUCAAGUGGGAAAUUAUGAAAUAUGUAAUUAGGUAAAUGGUUUGGUUUCGGACUGCCCUGUAACUGUAGUGACAUGCUUGGUGAAACAAGAUGGAAUUGCAUAUUUUACAUUUAACUGCUGUUUAAUUGCUUAAUUCUUUCCUAUGUGCCUUCGUCCGAGGAUUACUUGAGAACUAGGGUAGAACUGUAACCAGUGUUGCUGUUUUUGUUUUUCUUUUUUCCAAGAAAAAUUUGUUUUUGCUACUAAGGGUUUUCUAUAAUUGCAUUUCAAUUUUUACUUCAGAUAUUACCUGUAAAAGGAUGACAGAAAUGUCUUAUUACUUAUGUAAUGGUAUCUUGCUAUAUUAUCUUAUUAGAUAAGUAAAAUAUUAAACACUCAUUAGGGUGCCAAUGUAUCUUUAAGGUUCAUUUAUCAUCAAACAACCCUACUGCUUUCAGUUUGUGGCUUUUUCUUAUAAAUAUGUCCUUGUGUUUUCAAAUCAUGUCAAGCACAUUUCCAUUUAACUUUUGAUUUCAAGAUGGCAACAAUAGUUUUUCCUGCUUGCCUUUUAAAUAGUUUUGUCAGAGGUUCCUUUUAUUUAUAGGUAGGCCUAGAGAAAUAUUAUUCUUUUACUGUGGAAAAAAAAUGCAUUCCAGAAUUAUUUUAUCAUGGCUGAAUAUGUGUGUUUCCCCUACAUCAUCAGGAUUAAUUGCCCAUGUUUGUGCUUCAUUAUAUAGAGUGCUUUACUGCUGAAAAAUAUAUUUUUAUGUGCGAUGUUUAAUAAUUGUUAUUGCUACAACAUAUUAACAAUCAUUGCUAUUAAAAGUUGUUCAGAUUUA